CCUGUCCUUGACUUGACGCCUUUCUUCUCACCAGCCUUCUCUUGUUCCUCGCUAUCGGUCUGGGGCUGAUAGCUAAGAUCCACUGAGGAGGACUGCGGGAACCCUGGUCAGCUCUCGGGUUCGCCCAACCUUUUAUUCAGCCUACUAUCUUGUGAAGAGGAAAAUUUGCCGAGAUUCUUCACCAAACCUCCAUCACCAUAUCAAAUCCCAUUUUAGCAGGUCACCGUCAAUACCGCCAAAAUGGUCAACUUCACGAUCGAGGAGAUCCGUGCCUUGAUGGACAAGCCCACGAACGUGCGCAACAUGUCCGUCAUUGCGCACGUCGAUCACGGCAAGUCCACUCUGACCGACUCUCUGCUGGCCAAGGCCGGUAUUAUCUCGUCCGGCAAGGCCGGUGAGGCUCGCGCGACAGAUACCCGCGCCGACGAACAAGAACGUGGUAUCACCAUCAAGUCCACCGCCAUCUCCCUCUACGGCACCCUGCCCGAUGAGGAGGAUCUCAAGGACAUUGUUGGACAGGCGUCGGACGGCAAGGACUUCCUUAUCAACUUGAUCGACUCCCCCGGUCACGUUGACUUCUCUUCCGAGGUUACUGCCGCCCUCCGUGUCACCGACGGUGCCCUCGUCGUCGUCGACACUGUCGAAGGCGUGUGCGUCCAGACCGAGACUGUGCUCCGGCAAGCGCUCGGUGAGCGCAUCAAGCCUGUUGUUAUUAUCAACAAGGUCGACCGUGCGCUCCUCGAGCUUCAGGUCUCCAAGGAGGACUUGUACCAGUCCUUCUCCCGUACCAUCGAGUCGGUCAACGUCAUCAUCUCGACCUACCUCGACAAGGCCCUCGGUGAUGUCCAGGUCUAUCCCGACAAGGGCACCGUCGCUUUCGGCUCCGGUCUCCACGGUUGGGCCUUCACCAUCCGCCAGUUCGCUACUCGGUACGCUAAGAAGUUUGGUGUUGACCGCAACAAGAUGAUGGAGCGUCUCUGGGGUGACAACUACUUCAACCCCACCACCAAGAAGUGGACCAAGAACGGCACCUAUGAGGGCAAGCAGCUCGAGCGUGCUUUCUGCCAGUUCAUCCUGGACCCCAUCUUCAAGAUCUUCUCGGCUGUCAUGAACUUCAAGAAGGACGAGAUCGCCACCCUUCUCGAGAAGCUCAACCUGAAGCUUCCUGCUGAGGACCGCGACAAGGAAGGCAAGCAGCUCCUCAAGGCUAUCAUGAGGACUUUCCUCCCGGCCGCCGACUGCCUGCUGGAGAUGAUGAUUCUCCACCUCCCCUCUCCGGUUACUGCUCAGAAGUACCGUGCCGAGACCCUGUAUGAGGGUCCCCCCGAUGAUGAGGCUGCCAUCAGCAUCCGCGAUUGCAACCCGAAGGGUCCCCUCAUGCUCUACGUCUCCAAGAUGGUGCCGACCUCCGAUAAGGGCCGCUUCUACGCCUUCGGUCGUGUCUUCUCCGGUACCGUCCGCUCGGGUCUUAAGGUCCGCAUCCAGGGCCCCAACUACACCCCCGGCAAGAAGGAGGAUCUCUUCAUCAAGGCCAUCCAGCGUACCGUCCUCAUGAUGGGCGGCAAGGUCGAACCCAUCGACGACAUGCCUGCCGGUAACAUUGUCGGCCUGGUCGGUAUCGACCAGUUCCUGCUCAAGUCCGGUACCCUCACCACCAGCGAGACGGCCCACAACAUGAAGGUCAUGAAGUUCUCCGUCUCCCCCGUCGUGCAGCGGUCCGUCCAGGUCAAGAACGCCCAAGAUCUUCCCAAGCUCGUCGAAGGUCUUAAGCGCCUGUCCAAGUCCGACCCUUGCGUCCUGACCAUGACCAACGAGUCUGGCGAGCACGUCGUUGCAGGCGCUGGCGAGCUCCACCUCGAGAUUUGCUUGAAGGAUCUCGAGGAGGACCACGCCGGUGUUCCCCUCAUCAUCUCGGACCCCGUCGUCCAGUACCGUGAGACCGUCACUGCCAAGUCUAGCAUCACCGCCCUUUCCAAGUCGCCCAACAAGCACAACCGUCUCUACAUGGUUGCUGAGCCGUUGGACGAGGAGCUCUCCAAGGAGAUCGAGGCUGGCAAGAUCACUCCUCGUGACGAUUUCAAGGCCCGUGCCCGUGUCCUCGCUGACGACUUCGGCUGGGACGUCACGGAUGCCCGCAAGAUCUGGGCCUUCGGUCCUGACACCAACGGUGCCAACUUGCUUGUUGACCAGACCAAGGCCGUUCAGUACCUCCAGGAAAUCAAGGACUCGGUUGUCUCUGGCUUCCAGUGGGCCACUCGUGAAGGUCCCGUCGGUGAGGAGCCCAUGCGCUCGAUCCGCUUCAACAUCCUCGAUGUUACCCUGCACGCCGAUGCCAUCCACCGUGGUGGUGGCCAAAUCAUUCCUACUGCUCGUCGUGUGCUCUAUGCUUCGACCCUCCUAGCUGAGCCCGCCCUUCUCGAGCCCGUCUUCCUGGUCGAAAUCCAGGUGCCUGAGCAGGCCAUGGGUGGCGUCUACGGUGUCCUUACCCGCAGGAGAGGUCACGUCUUUGCUGAGGAGCAGCGUCCUGGCACUCCUCUCUUCAACAUCAAGGCAUACCUGCCCGUCAUGGAGUCUUUCGGCUUCAAUGGUGAUCUCCGCCAGGCCACCUCUGGCCAGGCCUUCCCCCAAUCUGUGUUCGACCACUGGCAGGUUCUUCCUGGCGGCUCUCCUCUGGAUGGUACUUCCAAGGUUGGCCAGGUUGUUCAAGAAAUGCGCAAGCGCAAGGGUCUCAAGGUCGAGGUUCCGGGCGUCGACAACUACUACGACAAGCUCUAAACAGCGCCUGCGGAUUGGCGUCUAACUCGCUGCUUCGUGCCCUCAGCAUCACAAGAGCCGAGUCGCCGUGGUUGUUUCCCGGCGGCCGAUGGACUCGCAGGAGCAUGGAAGAAGGAAACAGGAGGGACGGUGGUGGUGAAAAGCCAAGCCCAUGGAGGAUUGGCAACCAAAAUCUUGCCCUAGUUGCGCUCGGCCUGUUUGUAGUAACGUAGACAUGAAUUACCGAA